GCGCGAGGUUCACUCUUGUUGCCCAGGCUGGAGUGCAAUGACACAAUCUCGGCUCACUGCAAACUCAGCCUCCUGGGUUCAAGUGAUUCUCCUGCCUCAGCUUCCCGAGGCGCCCGCCACCACGCCCAGCUAAUUUUUGUAUUUUUAGUAGAGAUGGAGUUUUACCACGUUGGCCAGGCUGGUCUUGCAUUCCUGACCUUAGGUGAUCUGCCCACCUCGGCCUUCCAAAGUGCUGGGAUUACAGGUGUGAGCCACCAUGCCUGACCAUUUUUUUUUUUUUGUAUUUUUAGUAGAGACGGAGUUUUACCAUGUUGGUCAGGCUGGUUUCCAUCUCCCGACCUCAAGUGAUCCACCUGCCUAGGCCUCCUAAAGUUCUGGGAUUACAGGCAUGAGUCACUGCGCCCGGCUGACAAGUGUAUAUUUAAAAGCUCAUAAAUAAUCCAGGUGACUUGUGCUAAGUCAUUAAGUGCUACUGAAACUCAGAGGAAGGAGAGAACACUGAGGCAAUAAGAGGAGAUUUCCUGGAGGUGGACAGAUAGAAAUUCCACUCAUUCCUCAAAGAUGAGUUCCCUCAGUGUUUUGUUCAGACUCACCUGAGUAUUAAACUGGGGUUAUAUGCUGCUGUUACAUCCACAUAUGCACUGCUUUAUCCUCUUAACUUUUAUUGAGUAUUUACGUGUCCUGGGCUCUGAGCUAGACAGGUGUAUAUAUUUUGUUCAAUCCUCAUAUUAACCUAGCAAGUUGGGUAUUACUAGAUCUCCUAUUCACAUGAAGAAGAAACAGGCUCAGAGGAGUAAAGAAACUCUCCCAAGGCCUCUCAGCCAAUAAAUGGGGGUGUUGAGCAUUUGAUGUGUCUCCAAAAUCAGUGUUUUCCCACUGCUCUGUAUGUGUGUGUCUCAAACCUUUAGUGUCAGCCUCUUUAGUGGAAAUGCACACACAUACUAAACUCACAGUAACUCCCUGAAGCAGAUGGGUGGGCUUGGCCAGCCCUGGCUUGGCCUUGCCUGCCCUGCUUGUCCAGUUGACCACGUGGGAACUUUUUAUUGGUGACUGUUAGCUCUUAGCACUGUCCCCAUGCCCCUUCUCUCUGCCCUUCACCUUCUUCUGCCUUUGGCCCUUGGAGUGAGUUCACUGGAGCUUCUUGAGCUGUCUGUGAAGCUGGGACUGGGGUCUGGGGGCAAAGGGGGGUGCUGACCUUGGACUUGAGCUCAUUCCUCUCUCCAUGGGGUGCUGUUAUUUUUAUAAAAAAGUGAGCACUGGCUAUGGAGCUGGGCUGACCCUAUUCUUGCCACUUACUCACUUUGACCUUGGCCAGGUCACCUAGCCCCUCUCUGUGCUCAUUUCCUUCUCUGUAAUAAACAGGGAGUUGAGGGUGUUUGCAAGUCCUUAUGUCUUAACACCUUAUCAUUUUGUUUUCCUCACCUUUCUUUCAGCCUCUUUUCCUCUAGUGAUCCAAUUUCUCUUCUCUCAUUUCCAUCUCCACCCCCCGGCCCCUGCCCGCUUUUCUUGCAGAUAAACUCAGCAUCAGGCUGAUAAUCAGGUCUGCAGGCUAGUACUGUAACCUCUCCUUCCUAUUGGCACAUGGGAAAGGAAUUCUUAGAGACCACCCACCACCAGUCCGUGUGUUCUGAUGGGCUCACAGGGCUCUGAUUUGCCUUCAUGUCCCCACUUCCUGCCAUGCACAAGGCAGAUAUGGGUGGAGUGAACAGGGGAGCUGGGGAAAUUGUCCUGGGCAGGGUGUGGACAGGGGACCAGCUUAGAGGCUGUGGGAUGGAGGGACAGGUGUCUUUCUCCUGCAGUUGGCUGCGCCCUACCUCCUUCCCAAUGCCCUGCCUAUAGAGUGAAUCACAGGCCAGCACACCCCUGAGUCCUCACACCUCCCUGGCUGCUGGCUCAGACCUGGUCCCCAUGUCUGGUGAGGUCACACAUGUUGAUCCUCCCAGAAAACCAGUAGAACCCAGCUGCCAGACUGGCAGACCAGCUUGUGCAAAGGCCAAGCUGGAUGUGGCCUGAGCUCUCGGCCCUGCAAGAGGAGGCUCAGGCCCUUUUGUGAGAAGCAGACCAGCCUGGGGGCUGGCGGCAGGACACCUGUGUCUGCAUGCUGAAGAAGAUGGGUGAGGCCGUGGCCAGAGUAGCAAGGAAGGUCAACGAGACGGUGGAGAGCGGCUCUGACACUCUGGACCUGGCCGAGUGCAAGCUGGUCUCCUUUCCCAUUGGCAUCUACAAGGUCCUGCGGAAUGUCUCUGGCCAGAUCCACCUCAUCACCCUGGCUAACAACGAGCUUAAGUCCCUCACCAGCAAGUUCAUGACCACAUUCAGUCAGCUCCGAGAGCUCCACCUGGAGGGGAACUUCCUACAUCGCCUCCCCAGCGAGGUCAGUGCCCUGCAGCACCUCAAGGCCAUUGACCUGUCCCGGAACCAGUUCCAGGACUUCCCUGAGCAGCUUACCUCCCUGCCGGCGCUGGAGACCAUCAACCUGGAGGAGAACGAGAUCGUAGAUGUGCCUGUGGAGAAGCUGGCCGCCAUGCCAGCCUUGCGCAGCAUCAACCUCCGCUUCAACCCACUCAACGCCGAGGUGCGCGUGAUCGCCCCGCCGCUCAUCAAGUUUGACAUGCUCAUGUCUCCGGAAGGCGCAAGAGCCCCCUUACCUUAGGCCACCCUCCUCAUGCCCACCCAGCAAGGGACAGAGGCCACAGGCCUGGAACCCUGGAAGGGAGGGAGGCCCAUGGGAGGCCAAGCCUGGGGGCUGGGGGUGGGUGGGCCGAGCAGCACGUGGUGGGUGGGGUGCAGCUGGUCUGGAUAGAUAGCUUACAGCAGUAGUGGGCUCUGGAAUGCCCAAGGGAAGAGGCAAGGUGGGGCCUGCAGCCUGGACUCGGCACUCACAGCUGCUGUGCAAACUCAGGCAGAUCUCCUGCCCUCUCUGAGCCUUGUCACUUGAAAAAAAAAAGGACCCUUUACCUCCUGUGGGCUCCCUGGAGGUUUUUAAGCAGUACGUGCCUCCAAGUUACCUCCAGAUCAGCAGGCACAGGUGGGCAUUGCUGGGUAUUUUCUGAGCCCCUGCGGGUUUGAGGCCUUGUUUUUAGUGCUGAAAGCCAGUUGCUGCCCUGAGAAGAGAAGACAGCCUCCAUCUAUUUAUUGCUUCCUGAGAACUGACCUGGAUGCGGCCCUCCGCAGGGCCCGGUCUUCAGUCCUGUGGUCGCUGGACUGGUGGGAACCUGAACUAGGAGUCCUGGGAGAGCUGUGGUGGGAAUAUGGGCUGGCACUGCUGCAGGGCAAGAACAUUCAUGUAGGAGCCCGAGGACCAGCAGCCUGGGAAUGGGGAGCAAGUCACGUCAGCUCUGUCAUUCCCCACAUUUAACAAAUUGGCGGGGUGGGAAGUCCUGAGUGCUCCGUCCCUCUAGCAUCACUCCUGAGCUGCGGGAGAGGUGGCCCAGAGAACAGCAGAGUCAAUUACACCUGCAGCUCUGGUCUAAAGUGAUUAGAUGGCCACCCUCACCACUGUCCAGUCCAGCAGCAGCCUGGCUGCUUUGUCAUGGCCUCCUGGGGGCAGAAGGCGAUGUGGACCACGGGAUUUGUAGCCAGCCAGCUCCCAGGCCAACGCCCAAAGCCCUGAUGACCUAGUUCUUUUGAGGCCCUCAACCUGGCAUCUUACGGUAUGGUCAGGCAACAGGGUGACCAGCUGUCCUGGUUUCCCAGGACAUGGAACUUUCAAUGCUAAAACUGGGACAGUACCUGGCAAGUGGGGAUGGUUGGUCCCCUACCAGGAGAGGGCCUGGGUCUCUUGCUUCCUGAGAAUGCCUGUGGCUUGAAGAACCUUGACUGCUUGGUCCUCAGGUAUCUACCUCCCACCUUCUCCUCAUCUGUGGAGCAAGCCAACUCAGUGCCCCAGACCCCACCUGAUCUGCACCUUUGUUUGAAUCUCCAGAGACACCUGAGGCCCCAGGGCUUGAGGCAAAGCCAGGCCAUCCAAAUCCUGUGUGCUGUGGACAAGUGGCCACUUUACUACUCCUAAGGCUAAGAUGUUGAGAGCUCAGACCACUGCUCAGAGCAGUAAUCCCUGCUCAGAAUGCUCCCAGUUCCCUCGUCCCUGCCCAGGUCUCUUGUCUCUUGGGAAGGAACUGACAGGUUGGGCCAUUGUUGGGCCAUCACUGAGUGCUCAGUAUCUCAAGAGACUCUGUUCAUUCUGCUCAUAUCCCAAGGCCUGGUUGGUCAAACUCUGGGCAAAGGGUUUUCAGGGUGAGGAGGUCAAGACAGGAUCUCCAGAGCUACCGAGUUCAUCUGUGGGUGUUGGGGGCAAGUGGGGGCUGAAGUCCUGUGCAGGCUGCGCUGGCCCCACCUGCCUUGUGCCCUGGAGUGGGGUUUCUCCUUGUUGAAGAAGAGGCAUCCUUCUCUGAUGUGCACAAACACAAUGUAUGACCAGAGCCUUGCAACUCAAAGUGUGGUCUGUGGACCAGCAGCGGCAGAGACACCUGGGAGCUUGUUAGGAAUGCAGAGUCUAGGCCUCACCCUAUACCUCCCGACUCAGACCCUGCAUUUUAGCAAGACCCCCAGCUGAUUCCUAUAAGCACUUCAGAGUUUGAGAAGCAAGGACCUAGGCUGGGGAUGUCCUCCGAGCAGAGGGUGAAGUUUCUCUCACUUCUCUCCCUGCCACUUCCAGGGAUCUGAGCCUGUGCUCAGCCUCCUCCCUAACCCACCCUGGGAGACACUUGGCCUGUUAGAUUGUUCAGAGUCUGCAUGGCACUCCUGAAGAAGGGAGUGUGACCUGCAGUCACCAGGAGAUGAGGGUUAGGUGUGCCCAGCCCUCCAGACUCGGCCUUUCUGGUUAACCCCUGCAUGCCAAGCUGCCUGCUGCCCCAGGUCCUCACCUCAGGCCUUUGAAGGGGCAGCUUCUGGAAGUUGUUUUCUCCUCUGCUUGGAGAGUUUGCCCUUGUCUGUCUUGGAAAGUGUGGGCAGCCACAGACGCCCCCAAAUCAGAGCUCACAGUGAGUGAGCCCCUAAGCUUCAGUUUGCAAUAAAGAAUGCAUUGGUUUCA